CAUGCGGUAAUAGUCACUGGGUGCUGUGGGGAAGCGACCGUUGAAGUGAUUGAGACGGCUUGUAUGUCCAGGGACUCUGCGGCACCAUACAACAUGUCUUUCCCUUUCAGGAGGCGAAGCGCCAACCAGUUUAAACACAUAGCCCAUGGCCUCAUUCCUGCAGCUACAGUAGCUCCCCGAUCUGCUGUUCCUCGCACCCCUCCCCCACGUAGCCCCAACCCUUCUCCGGAGAGACCCAGGUCUGCUCUUGCCGCUGCAAUUUUGAUGACUUCUUUAACUGGACGGACAGUUGCUAUACCCCAACCGCGCCAAAGAUCCUAUUCUGAGAAUGACAGCACUAACAUUGAAGAAACAGAUAAUAUUGAGCCCUAUGCUACAGCCAGAGAUCUAGGAGUAGAACAAAACUGGAAGGCGUAUGCUCAUCGCAAAAACAUAAGUUCGCCAGUUAUGUCCUUUGAGCUUGAGGAUGAUGACACAGAAGAGCAGAUGUCUAAUAUUGAAAGAGAAAAUAUUGAACAACUGUCUGACAGGAGAGGUGAAAGUGUGUUACAGGAACCACUGUAUGCUAUCCCUCAUAAGGUCACACAGAAGACAAAAUCAAUAAAACGACAAGAUGGGGAAAGUGGACCAUCCUCUGUAGAAGUCAACAAUUCUGAUCCCGAGCCAGAGUUUCAGACCACAGAAGAAAGUAGAGUUUAUGCACCAACAGAGUCUCCAGUUCCUUAUCCUGAUUCAAAGAAAAGUAAAGAGCAAAUAGAACAACUGGUCAGAUCAGAUUUGUCUGUGGCAGAAAAUCAAAGGACUCCUGAAAAACACAAAAAUCAAGAGGAAGAUGUACAGCUGCAGGCUGCAACUGAGAAACUUACAGACAGGAACCUGAAGCUGACCUCUCAAGUGGAGGAGCUGAAGCAGCAGAUAAAAACCAUGCGGGUCAAGGUGAAGAGUCUAAAGAAUGAAAAGAGAAGUUUUCAGGAAUUGUUGAAAAAUUCCCAAGCAGAAGUGGAAACAGGAGAACUGGUUUCUCUCAGAGAGCAGGCACAAGAACUAGUAGAUGAGAAUGAUGCUUUAAAAACUAUGAUUCAUAAGCUGAAUGUGGAGCUGAGCCGCUAUCAAACGAAGUAUCGCCCACUAUCGAAGGAAGAGAAUGUGAGGAUUGGGGGUUUACCAUCUAGAGGACCUCCACCACCAUGGCUCCUGAAUAUUAAAUAUUUGUCACCAUUGUUACUCGCAUAUGAAGAACGAAUUAAUGAGAAGGAUAAUAUGAUCCUGGAAUUUGAGGAGGAAAUUAAAACCUUCAAAACAAGACUUAAAGAAGUAAUAGAAGAGAAUGAUAAAUUGCACCAACUUUUGAUACGUGACAAUCCUUCAUCUAAUAAGGACUGGGAAAAACUGCAAGCUCAAUAUAAACUUCUUAUGGAGGAGAACAGAGUUUUGACAGAACAGUUAGAAGUUCAAGAAGGAAAAAAUGGAGAGACCCACUCCAAACAUAUCCAGGAAGUCUCCCAAUUAACAAAGCAGCUAAUGGUUUUGGAAUCUAUAAAGCGGAGUCAAGAGGAAGAAUUGUUAGAAUUUCAGAAGCAGCAGGAAGUUUUCCGCUCUAAGUACAAUGAUCUGAAAGCUAACAUGGAUGGCAGAGUCGCUGCUGAGGAACAUGUUGCCAUGGUGAAUGAAUUAAAAAGCCAGCUUCAGCAGCAGCAGGAGAAUUGCAAAAGAGAAGUGCAUGAUCUGAUGGGAAAGAUUACAUCUCUACAGGCAGAGAAAAAGGCUCUCCUGCUACAGAGGAACGACUUAUUAGCAGACAACAAGAUCCUCGAGGGUGAAGCGGAGGCAGUUAAAAAGAAUAACAGAAAGAUGCAAAGAAGAAUUGGCCAGCUGAAACAGCAGUUGGAGGAUGCAAUGGAGAAGGAGGUGACAGCACAUCAAUAUCUGGCCAAUUUAAUAACGCUGGCUGAGAGCAUCGCUGGGGAGAGAGAUGAACUCAUUAAUAUGACUAAGGGAUUGGAAGCUGAUAAACAAGGAGUUCUGUCUAAGAUGAUGGAAGGCAGUGUGCGCUUAGGGCGAUUAGAAGAAAUGGUAAAGGUGUACAGAAAGAAUGCUGUAAGCACUAUGCAAGGCAUCACCCACAGGCUGGCAGAGCAGGAGGAAGACUUUGCAGGAAAGGCAGCCCAGUACCAGCGAGAAAUGAAGUACCUCCGCUGGCUGCUUCAAGAUAGGCAGCAAAGCUUCAGUGAAGUCUUGCAGCAGAAAAGACAAGUGGAAGAACAGCUAGAAGUAAUCUUAAAGUCAGCAGCCAAUGACAGCAAAGAGCUAAAAACACUUUUACACAGCGCCCUGAAACAGAACACUGGAGGCAGCAACUCCUUUCUCCUGCAAGACUCAGUCAUCGGGUAUGGCUUCAGUUACAUAAACUCCUCGUCCCAUGGCGAUGAUCCUGUUAAGUAGUCCACUUAUCGGAGAGAACUAAACUGUAUGUCACAAACACACUCUCCUAUAGGUUUACCUGUAGUAACAUUCACAAUGCAUACAUCACCUGUGCUUUUUCCUAAAAAUUCUAUUUAAUGGUGUUGUCCAGUUAAUAAUAUCUUAUUCCCUAUCCACAUGAUAGAUGAUAAGUAUCUUAUCGUGGGAGGUGGUGUUGGCUAUGACCACUGAGACCCCCUGUGAUCUUCAGAGCUGUAGAUAGCAAGCUGUUCAUUCAUUUGUAUGGGAGCAUUAGGGAUACACAAGUGCUGUACUCUGGUAUUUUUUGGCUCUCCCAUAGAAGUGAAUGGAGCGGUGCUGUCUACAGCACACACACUCUCUGAGAGCCCAGGGCCCCAUACUGGUGAUCGCGGGGUUCCGAGCUGUCUGUCCCUCCCAAGAUUCUUAUCUCCUAUCUUGUGAAUAGGGGAUAAGACAUUUUUUCACUCCACAACCCUUUACAAUUUAUAUAGCUUUCUUAGAUUUUUGAAUAGCAAAUAUUUAUAGUUAUGCUGCUGUAACUUUGUAACUUCACGUCACUACACAACUACUUGUACUUGCAAGUGGGCAUGAAUCAUGUUUUUUUUUUUUAUAAUUAGUAAAUGAAUAGCGUAGUUGUGAUUAUAUGGUAUAGUUUUAUUUAGCCUUUGUAUCUGAAUAGUUUUAAAACCUUUACAAUCAUGGCUCCCUAUGAGUUAUAAAAACAGUCUGUAUGGAAUAUAACGUCAGUGGAGGCUUCCAAGAAAAGUUUUGCCUUUGGUGUCAAUUGAAAUCUUUAAGUGGAUGAGAAGAGACAGCUAUGUAUGGUCUCCAAAACAGCUGACUUUGGUUUCCACUUCCUACUCUGUUUCACAGUAGGAAGAACAGCUCUGGAGCACAAACUUUUGCUCUACCAAAAGAGUAUUGAGUGAACAGGAACAUUAAUAAGCACAAAGACAGUUUUAUUACAUGGAGGAAAUUUUACUUUAAGACAAAAGUGUUAGAAUAAACAUUAAAGUGUAAUAAUAUAAAAUGCUGAAAUUAUAUUUAACAGAUAUAGCUUAAAAGGUGAUCUGCGUAAGGGAUUCUUAGCAGGGGAGUCUUUCUAUAUACAUAUACACACAUAUAUAUAUAUAUACAUACAGUCAUGGCUGUAAAUUGUUGACACCCCUGAAA